CAAGGGCGUAUUUAUCUGAGCAGGAAUACAUGUUAGAAUUGUUCAGAGCAAUAUUGGUGGACUUUUCAUCACUCAAGACGGAUACUGUUUCACAUUUUAGUUAUUAUCGAUAACAAAACAAGCUUACAAUAUACCAAAACGAUAUUGAAUCCGAUGGUUGUUUACAUGUUAGGGAAGGAAGGCCAAGGGGAAUAAACUGUUCGGAAUCUUUAAUUUACGAUGUUGGCUUCUCCUUCGCCGUGCGAAACAUAUCGAGUUGAAAUUUAACUGUACGCCCAGUUGUAAGUGAAGUGCUCCAAAAACUUAGACAAACGGAGCGCCAAAGGACGAAGACAAGCAGCUGGAAUUUCCUUUGUUAUUGGCUAGACAUAUCUGCUGGCGUGCAUUGGAUAAUGCUUAGGCGGCGUUCCCCACAAAGAAACGAAUCGUGCACUGCCGAACUAAAUGGUAAAAAAUCACGUUCUUAAUCCCAGCGGACGUGCGAGGGGGGAACGACGGAAAAUGAAUCAUUUCACUCACCUAAGAGAGCUUUUGUUGGUUUGGAUUGGUGAGUAAACUCAAGUUGAUUGUUUAUGCUUCUGAGAUUUCUAGAAACGUCGGUUUGCCGUUAAACUAUAUGGUUCCGAUGAUGGCACCAUAAACGUUUAUGAAUCACAUAACGGCAUUUUAAUUAUUCAUGCGACAUUUGCUCUGUUUUAAUCAAUUGAAAAGUUGUGCUUCCAGUGGCAAAACCAGUCUGUUGUUAUUGUAGAUUCAUGCCCAAAUAAGCUAAGGAGUUGAAGCUACAAACAAAUCCAGUCAUUACCGAUUCACGCUGAUUGUUCACCAACAAGAAAUGAAUUGACUACACAAUUGCAAGCAAAACACCGCUCAACGGACAAACAUUUUGCCAAGUGAAAUAUCUUAUCUUUGACGGAAGGGUUCUGGAUGAGCUUUAAAAAAUGAACAGAAAAAAAUAACCAGAAAAAUGAUUUUACCUAUCGCGAGGGUUCUUAAAUAAAUGAAGUGUUUCAAAGUGCUUAUUGACGUCAUAUGAUGCACCUCUAGAAAAAGGUAGUUCUUAGGUAUAUUUAAACUUUUACCCGAAGCCACUUACCCUUGUUCAUCAUAUAAAAGUCACAAAUGGCCAAAAUAUUAGUUUUAGAAUGAUUUGUGUAGAGCGUUGUAAUUCAAGGGGUUCUUCCAAAAAUUUAAGCGUGAAAUUGCAAGUAAUCGUAGUGAAUCAUAAAUCGACUUUUUAAUAGGAUCCCAAAGCGUGCGUUUCUAAAGGCUAUACUUUCUAGCAUUGAAUAUCAGGUUUUUUGUUGUCUUUAAUGAUAUAUGGCCUUUUGAAAAUAGUUCUCAAUUCACACUCCGGGUAGACAAAUUGUCGGGCUAUUUUGGGUCUAGUGUUGUAGUAUCCAAGGCUUCCUGUUCUACAUAAGCCUAUUUAGUACCAAUUUAGUUCACUUUUAAGUCAACACGCAAAUUGUGGACAUUUAGUCUCCUGUGGAAAACAAAUGAUCCAAUACAUUGAACUAUAUAGCUAUUUUUAAGUUUUAUCCAAAUCCGGAAUAAUAGUGAAAUACACUCGUCUUGAAGGGAUCUUUGCCGUGCCGCAACAGAGACCAUAAUUAGCUCAUCACUACUCCAAUAACGUUUUCCUGUAUCAUUACCUUGUAAUUUUUUCUUUACUUUCCUUUUUUUUCCUUGUCUGGUAACAGUGUCCCCUACUUGAGCUUUUAUAGAUUUGGAUUUUCAGUGCGACCAUCAGCCAUUUGACGCGAUAAAUGCGCUUUUUAUUGACCGUUGAACAUUUUGUGAUCGAUAUUGUUUCAGGUUACCAAGGAAACGAAUAUGACUUAUUCAAUACCCCUAAUGUCUAUACUUAAGUUUCGUGUUUGUUGUUUUGCUGCUAUUUUUUUCCUUUUCCUUAAUAGCUUGAUAGCGGCUCAACGAAUUGCAACGUCAAAAAAUCUAUUUAGAUUGUUCGGUCCACCUUACUUUUUUGUGGCACCUAUCCCCCGAGAAGAUGUUUCACAUGGGUUUUGAGUUAGUCACAACAACGAUAAUUAUCUAGCUUACAUGCAGAUAGCCGAUUUUAACCAGUUUUUAUUGCAUUUAUCACUAGAUGCUCUAUGCUCUUUCAAGGAUAACGUAUUCUUAACUGCAAUCUUAUAAAAACCAUGUCAACCAGUUUUAAGUCGCUAACGAUGGUUGUUUUAGAUAAUUGCUUGAUAUUUGUCAAAUAACUUUGGAAAAGAGCUUUCCUUGAAGAUGAAAUUUCGUGGCAGUUCGAAGCAAUUUCGCAAAAAUCCAAUUCAUUAAUUUUAUAUACCAAUGCUUUGUGUUGUUUUUUCUGAAUACAUACAAGCACUACUGAUAUUUUUGUCUUGCAAAUCGUGUAGGACAUUGCUGAUGUUCAUGUCGAAUAUUAGUCGUUUGAUAAAUGCAAUAAACAUUCACUCGCUAUUCUUCACCACUCCUUCAUUUACACCGUUAUGGCUGAUCUAAAUGAAAAAAAAAGAUGUGAUAUCUAAGUUUAAUCCUUUUUCAUAGGCAUACUGGCAAGUAAUACUCUUUACGGAAAUGGAACUGGUAAGUAAGCUAUACGGUAGAAAUAAGCAUGCAAUUUUUUACUGCAACUUUCCUUGGUUCUCACAAUGACCACCAUAAUGACCAGCGAUAUUCAGAACAACACUAACAAUUAGCGAGAGGUCUAAGUGAGGUUCUUUGCCCCACUUGUGCUCUGUAAUUCUAAAAAGAUCCGUUGUUUAAAAGAUGACUAAUGGCUCUUGGAUACGCAAUCUUGGACCUUCAUUUGGAACGUCACGCAAGGAACCCAAUACCAAGCCUUGCGUUAUUAUUGUUUGUUGGUGUGUUUUUAUGAAGGUCAACAAGGAAAGUUUUUCACGCUCGGAUUAACUUGUGUGUUAAUUGAUGCGUUAGGUGAUUUCGAUCUGAAGUUGCCUUAGCUAACAAUGCACGCGCUAUCAAAAGCAAUUUCUGCGUUUUUACGUUCAAAUUGAGGUAUAAACAUACAUGUACCUUGAAUGAUAGCGAGUCCUUGUUCUUAUAUCCAUCAGUUACCUGUCCCGGUGGACGAAACUUAACAGCUUCUGAGGGGAUUUUAAUGAGUCCAGGCUACAGUGAAACACACUAUCCCAACAGCACCGUUUGCAUCUGGGUGAUAACUGCCCCACAACACUGGAAAGUGAAGCUCAUGAUCAAUUCCGUUGACCUUGAGUACUGCGCUAUGUGCAGUUGUGACUAUGUUGAACUCAGAGAUGGAGCAAAAGCCAGUGGCCCUCUUAUUGGCAGAUAUUGUGAAGCUAAGGCGAGCACUGUUUAUUCCGAAGGACGGCACAUGUGGGUCAAAUUCAAAUCAGACAGAGAGAAUGAGGGACGAGGAUUCCUCGCGAAUUACACUUUCAUUAAAUUAAGAAAGAGUAAGUUGAGUAACGAGUAUUUAUAAAUUCGAUAGACUUCAAGUCUGUUGAAAAAUUAUGGUAGCUUUGUCUUUGGAGAUGUGAUUUAACAUGCGUGUUGUCGAGAGAGGAGUUUUUUUUUCUGAAAUUGGUUCCUUGUGUCAAUAUUUGUCUCCUGGAAAGGGAGGGCGGAUAAUUUUUUGGGGGGCACACAUGAUUUUCAGGGUAAACGGGGGUCGGCGCAAACAGAAUAUAUAAUGAAGAUUACGGAAAAUUGACAGCCGAUGAACUGCUAAUGAGUAGGGAAUCAUAAGAAUAUUUAAGAGCUUUAAAGUUUUCGCGAUACCUGUUGGCAAUCAACAUCCUCCGACUCUCCCUCUCCCCCCUCCCCCCCUUCCCCCCCUCCCUCACAGCGGUAAAUAACGUAGGGUCCCUUAUGUUUCCUUUUCGUCGAGUCUCCAAGUAUCAGUUUUUUUCUUGUUUUCUUCCCAUGCAUUUAGAGAAACCAGUUAUUCUGAAAGCAAAUAGAACGUCUCAAUUCAUCACUAGUUCAAAGAAUCCAACCGUGUGUGGUUCCGAUAGACAAUGUACGUGGGUAAUUACCGCUCCUGAAGGUUUUCAAGUGCAGCUCACAACGGAAUCAUUUGUCUUCCUCUCUUGUCUUGGAUCUUUUAUUGAGAUCAAAGACGGUCCCACUUGUUCAAGUCCAAUGAUUGGAAAAUUCUGUGGAAAUGAGAAGCCUCCACUUGAGAUCUGCUCUUUGGGAAAUAGUUUGUGGAUAUCAUUUAAGUACAAUUCUACCAGAGAUUUGGAAAUGAAUCGAUUUGAGCUGAUGUACAGAGCAACACGGGCUAACAUUACGCCACAAAGAAAGUUUUACGACGAACCGGCCAUCAACUCUGGUAAGUCACAAACAUAUACUGUAUUUGUUUCGUGAUGAAAGAAGGAAUGAUUGAAAAUUAGAUUUUAAGCUAUGUAUUUCUAUCGCGUGAUAAUUGAUGAAAGCAUCAAAUUCGAGAGCGAAUACACAUUUUUUUCCUUUAAGUGUAAAUCUACUGGUCUUUUAAAAAAGAGAGGAAUGUAAUUUGUUUCAUUUUUUUGUAUAAUCACGCGGUGACAAGCUAUAUAUUACGGAAUAGAUCGCCAGCGAGUAGCGUAGCCAAUCAGAUUACAGCAUUUGUUAUAGAAUGCGAAAAGAUUUAUUCGAAAAGCUAAUUUUAGAAAAUGAUGUAAUUAGAGAAAACAAAACAAAAUGCAAUCGUACACAUGCCUGUAACAAUUUUGAGUCAUUUUCAUCUCACAUAUACAUAUGACCCGUAACCCCUCUUAAAUUUGUAGUGCUUGUAGAUAUGGACCUGAUUCUUCGAUUCUAGAAUGUGUUUGACAUUCUUAAAUGAAGAUCUUGAGGCUUUACUGUUCACAGUUACCAUCUCGUUUUGAACCUCCUGCGCCUGCUCCUUCUCCUUUUGUUAACUCUUAUCCGCUAUCCAGCGGAGAAGAGUUAACAAAACGUAAUGCGCUGUUCACUGGAUAGAGAUUUAUCCAGUGGAUGUCAUUAUCCACCCUUCCGACAACCGGGGGCCUGGAUGAUGAGCAUAGUUAAAUCGUAUAGGUCGAGUGAACCGCAGUUUCUGGUGUCUAUCUGGGAGGGACGCUAGUCCAUCGCAGGAGAAACAUGGCGAGGCAAAAUCAAAUAAUUAAUCUUUCAGUUUUCAUCAUUCCCUCACUUGUGGCUUUUGCAGAUCACUGGAGAAGUAUGGCAGUUGGAAUCGCCUGUACGAGUUUCUUCCUCUUUGUGAUAUUAGUAGCGUGCUUCCUAAAGAUAGCAAGCAGUCGCCGCUUUGCUGGGUUAGAGCAAACAACGUCACAAACUGAGCUGAAUCCAACAGAUUCCAUUGUAGAAUCUACUUUAUCUAACGACAUCAAUGAGUCUCUUAUUGAAUAAAUCACAACAACAUUUAGAACCAUAUCACACCAAAGAAAUACUACAUAGAGCUGGAAAGUAUUAACAUAACAUAAAUACUCCAUCAACCCAGGAAGGAUGCGUGACAAAUUGGAUAAAAAAUCAAGAGCUUCUUAAAUGGGAGAUUAUUUCCUUUAUUAUCAUGACCUUAAUGUGUGAUUCAGGCGAGAUAUUGUAAGGAGAAAUUAGAUGCUAGUCACUCUUAACGGCCAAAGAGUUAAAGAAAAAGUAUGCCCCAGAAGCCAUAAAGUUUGAGUCCUUCAUUAAAAGGCACUAUUUUUAAAAGUUAUCCUCAGAUCUAGAUCUUGUUUACAUUUUAAGUCAGGUUAGCAAUGUUAUUACUGUAAUUUAUAAGUGUAUGUACCAUUAUUAGUUAGUGAAUUGGCGAUUGCUAAUAAAAGAUUUUUAAUAAGUAGCGUUACAGCUAAAGCAGAGAGAGAAUAGCAAGCAGAAUUCCUUUUGUAUACGUCAAAUUAUGGAGUAAAAAGGUGAAGUUUGCACUCUUGACCCACCCGUUCGAAGCUUAUCCUGGUCUUCAUUUAGCAUGAGGCAACCAUGAGUAUUACUCCCCCCUGGAUGGGUCGCCAGUCCAUCGCAAGGUCCCCCCCCCCAGUAUUUCAUCAGGCUUCCCUGAAAAUUCGCCGGUAACCAUUUUUAUUCCUAGGUAGAGAGAGGCAUGGUGAGAGUGUUGUCUUGCUCAAGAACACAACACAUUUACCUGGCCAAGUCUCGUACCCAGAUCUCUCGACUUGUAGUUUAUUGAAUUGACAGUUAGUCUGCUGCUCCUCCCACGUAACUUAUACACUAUAGGACUAUUCCAAAUCACGUACUGUAAAAUUAUUAUCAUUAGCAUUAUUUGGUAAUUUCUGUAUUGUAAAGAAAGUGAAGGCCAUUAUUAUAUUUUUUCUUGAUAUCGUUUAUUGUAAGUAACGUCCCGUAAUCAGGUGAUCGUAGGCAUUGUGCUGUUAAUAGUUUAUCAGUAGUGUAUAGUACGGUUCCUCAUUUUUAAUAGAGUCAAUAAAGGGGU